GUGGCCUGCCUGACGCGCGCCGGGGCCAGGCAGUGAGUAUAGGCUGCGCUGUCAGGCCGGUGUCAGUCUGAUGAAGAUUGGCAUGCAGCAUUGCAAAACAUGGAUGCUAUUGCUUCCAGGACUAGUCGGAAAAAAGAAGCAUAAAGCAUUGUCAUUGGCACCUUCUGGAAUAGGAUCUUGAAGUGUCUUCCUUCCAAGCCAAAUUGUUCAACGGGAGUUCCAAACUAUCAGUUCUCCCAUGGUGAAGAGUGACUCGAACUCUAAUCCUGUCCACCACGUUGUUUCCAGUCCACAUCGAGCCAUCCAAUUUUUCGGACUUGACAAGCUGCACAUCAGCUUUGCAUCCUAUCCACUGGGCUACACCUGGGCCACCACUGAGUUCAAGGGAUUGCCAUUACUACCUCUUACCAGCUGAAGAACAAUCCGUUUAAAAGUACGCUUCAGGUUCUAGAUGUGAAUCAACCCCAUGAUGCAACAUGUCUCCCCAGCACCAGCUCUGACAAUGAUGGCCACACAGACUGUGCCCCCUCCGCCAUACCAAGAAACCCAACAGAUGACAGCCGCCACGCAACAGCCAGCUAAAGCCCAGCCCGUCCACAUCACCUCGCCUUCGGCAGCCGGCAACACUCCUCUACCCAACACUCCCAUCGAUCCUCAGGCACAGCUGGAGGCCGACAAGCGGGCCGUCUACAGGCAUCCCCUUUUCCCCCUCCUUACAUUGCUGUUUGAGAAGUGUGAGCAGGCUACGCAAGGCUCGGAGUGUAUCACUUCUGCCAGCUUUGAUGUUGACAUUGAAAAUUUCGUCCAUCAGCAAGAACAAGAGCACAAACCAUUCUUCAGUGAUGACCCUGAACUGGACAACCUGAUGGUGAAAGCCAUUCAGGUCCUGAGGAUUCAUCUACUGGAAUUAGAGAAGGUGAAUGAAUUGUGCAAAGACUUUUGUAAUCGUUACAUCACCUGCCUCAAAACUAAGAUGCACAGCGACAACCUACUCAGGAACGACCUUGGAGGGCCUUACUCCCCAAACCAGUCCUCCAUCAACCUACACACACAGGAGAUGCUGCAGAAUUCUCCUAACUCCAUGACUGCAGUAUCCAGCAACCCCCAAGGAAUUGUGGUACCUGCCUCAGCAUUGCAGCAGGGGAAUAUCUCCAUGACAACGGUCAACUCACAAGUUGUGUCAGGCGGAGCCCUUUACCAGCCUGUAACUAUGGUAACGUCUCAGGGCCAAGUGGUCACCCAAACAAUCCCACAAGGGGCCAUUCAGAUCCAGAACACACAGGUUAACCUGGAUCUGACCUCUCUUCUUGACAGUGAAGAUAAAAAGUCAAAGAACAAACGGGGAGUCCUGCCGAAACACGCUACGAAUAUCAUGCGCUCCUGGCUUUUUCAGCAUCUUAUGCAUCCUUAUCCGACAGAGGACGAGAAGAGGCAAAUAGCAGCACAGACCAACCUCACUCUCUUGCAAGUCAACAACUGGUUCAUCAAUGCCCGGAGACGUAUCCUGCAGCCGAUGCUUGAUGCAAGCAAUCCAGACCCAACUCCCAAAGCCAAGAAGAUCAAAUCCCAACACCGACCAACACAGAGGUUCUGGCCCAACUCCAUUGCAGCCGGAGUGCUGCAGCAACAAGGAGGCAACCCUGGCACAAACCCUGAUGGCUCUAUAAAUAUGGACAACCUCCAAUCCCUCUCUUCCGAUAAUGCUACCAUUGCUAUGCAGCAGGCCAUGAUGGCAGCUCACGAUGACUCACUUGACGGGACAGAUGAGGAGGAGGAUGAAAUGGAGGAAGAAGAGGAGGAAGAGGAGGAGGAGGAGGAGGAUCUGGAGGAGGAUGCUGAGGAGCUCCAGACAACAAAUGUUAGCGACCUUGGCUUGGAGCACAGUGACUCCCUGGAGUAGAGUCGAUGGUGGAGCAGUUUGAUUGGCUUGCCAAAACUAUUGGCCUAAGGAAUUGUAGAGAGAGCCUGAACUUGAACAUACAAGCCCCACGUCCCUUUAUAUAGAAUUAAUUCAGCAACAAUAUCCUUACCGAGUGUCCUGCUUACUUGGUCUCAAUUGCAGGAAUGGACAUAGCUGCACAUUGAGGAGCCCUUGCCAAAUGUGCAAACCAGUUAUUUAAGUGAAGGACACAUGUUUACAAGGCACAUAUUGUGGCCAGUUCUCCCCC